GCUUCACGUCGUGACGUUAAUAUUACAUAAGUGGCUGUCUCCAAUCAGAUAACGAACUACCGACAAAUUUUCCGACAAACUGACACGAGUUGGCGCUUUUUAUCAGUGUUACCAGCGUCGUUUAGUAUUAACUCUUUGGAAAACAAAUUUGAUCGGUAAAAUUUACGAAUUUACGUUUUCUUCUACAUAUCGCUGAACAAAUGCAUUUAAAUCUUGCUUAUUAAUUGGUCCACGUUACAAUGGUGAACAUGGAAAAUGAAAAAUUUGCAUUUGCAAUCGAUCGUGGUGGUACUUUUACCGACAUCUACGCAAGAUGUCCUGGCGGGAAAAUUAGAGUUAUGAAGUUAUUAUCCGUUGAUCCUGCUAAUUACGAGGAUGCGCCUCGCGAAGGAAUUCGUAGGAUACUCGAACAGGAAACUGGAGUGAAAAUGAACGGUGAAGUUGAUACUUCCAAAAUAGCUUGGAUUCGAAUGGGUACAACAGUGGCUACAAAUGCGUUGCUCGAACGCAAAGGGGCUAAAAUGGCGCUAAUAUUAAACGAAGGUUUCAAAGAUAUUCUUUUUAUUGGCAAUCAAGCAAGGCCAAACAUCUUUGACUUGGAAAUAGUAACACCAGAAGUUUUAUAUAAAAAAGUAGUGGAAGUAAAAUGUAGGGUAAUACCAGCACUACCAGGAAGAUGUCAACUUGUCAAAGAUCCCUGGAGAAAAGUAAAAGGUUCGACAGGUGAAGAUUUGUUCAUCAUACAAGAAUUGAACGAAGAGAAGUUGAAAGAAGAUUUGUUGGAAUUGAAACAAUCAGGAAUCGAAAGUAUUGCUGUAGUCUUGGCACACAGUUAUACAUACGCUGAGCACGAAAUCAGAGUUGGCCAAUUGGCUAAAGAACUCGGCUUUUCUCAAAUAUCUCUUUCUCAUCAAGUAAUGCCGAUGACUAGGAUCGUUCCACGUGGAUUUACGACUUGUGCUGAUGCUUAUUUAACACCACAUAUCAAACAAUAUCUACAGGGUUUUUCUUCUAAAUUUAAGAACAAUUUGGAAGGUGUUAACGUUUUAUUCAUGCAAAGCGAUGGUGGAUUAACUCCUAUGGAUUCAUUUAAUGGGUCACGAGCCAUAUUGUCUGGUCCUGCUGGCGGUGUCGUUGGAUAUGCCAUGACAACUUAUGGUAAAGAAACCGAUCUACCUGUAAUUGGCUUCGAUAUGGGAGGAACUUCGACUGAUGUCAGUCGUUAUGGUGGAAGUUACGAACACGUUUACGAAAGCACUACAGCUGGUGUAACGAUACAAGCGGCUCAGUUGGACGUAAACACAGUUGCGGCUGGAGGUGGAUCAAUGCUUUUCUUCAGGUCGGGUCUCUUCGAGGUAGGACCUGAAAGUGCUGGAGCUCAUCCUGGACCUGCCUGUUAUAAGAAGAAUGGUCCACUGGCAGUAACCGAUGCAAAUUUAACCUUGGGUAGAUUACUUCCUGAAUAUUUCCCACAAAUUUUUGGCCCUAACGAGAACGAACCUUUGGAUAAACCUCGAACUAUGGAAGCUUUUGAAAAACUUACUUAUGAGAUCAAUGAGUUUUUGAUACGUGAAGGUUUGAGAUCCGAAUCUGAUAAAAUGACGAUCGAAGAAGUUGCGAUGGGAUUUAUCAAAGUUGCUAAUGAAACCAUGUGUCGACCAAUUCGUGCUCUAACUCAAGCUAAGGGAUACGAUACAUCACGUCAUGUAUUAGCGUGUUUUGGUGGAGCUGGUGGUCAACAUGCAUGUGCUAUAGCUCGAACACUCGGUAUGAGCACUGUUUUUGUUCACAAAUAUGCCGGAAUUUUGUCCGCUUAUGGUAUGGCUUUGGCCAAUGUUGUGGAAGAAGCUCAAGAACCCAGUGCUGAGAUCUAUGAAAAAAGUUCUUUCCAACGAUUGGAUGAACGUUUAGAUAUUCUUGCUGAAAGAGCAAGAAACAAGUUGGUUCAACAGGGUUUUGACCAUUCUCAGAUACAUGUAGAAUCAUUUUUGCAUUUACGUUAUGAAGGUACUGAUUGUGCUUUGAUGUGUACAGCGAAACUUGACUCUGAAAAUUCUUUGGAAUCACCGAAACACGGCGAUUUUCUUGCAACAUUUUUAGAAAGAUAUCAAACAGAAUUUGGGUUUACUAUGCCCAAUCGAAAGAUUCUUGUGAACGAUAUCAGAGUCCGUGGAAUAGCAAGAACAACGAUAACCGAGGAUAAAACUCUACCACCAUUCUCUAAACCUGCUAAAACCGAAAAAUCAACUAUGGUGUACUUUGAGGGAGGAUAUCAAGAUACUAAAGUUUAUCAAUUAACUUCACUAUCACCAGGACACAUUAUACAAGGUCCUGCGAUAAUCAUGGACAGUUUGAGUACUCUAUUAAUAGAGCCUGAUUGUACAGCAUCUAUUACUUCUAAAGGAGACAUCAAAAUUAUCAUUGGCAAAGGAAUUCAUACAAAAGUAACAACCGAUUUGGAUACUAUUCAACUUAGUAUUUUUUCUCAUCGUUUUAUGAGUAUCGCUGAACAAAUGGGAAGAAUCUUGCAAAGAACUUCUAUUUCGACGAACAUUAAGGAACGAUUAGACUUUUCUUGUGCUGUGUUUGGACCAGAUGGUGGUCUUGUUUCAAACGCUCCACAUAUACCAGUUCAUUUGGGUGCUAUGCAAGAAACGGUUCAGUAUCAAAUGAAAGCUUUUAAAGGGAAAUUUACGCGUGGAGAUGUAAUACUUUCUAAUCAUCCUUCAGCUGGUGGCUCACAUCUUCCAGAUCUUACCGUCAUUACACCGGUAUUCUAUAGGGAUGUGGAACAACCGGUGUUCUUUGUUGCUAGUCGUGGUCAUCAUGCUGAUAUAGGUGGAAUAACGCCAGGUUCAAUGCCUCCAAAUUCGACCACGUUGCUUCAAGAAGGUGCAGCAUUUAAAAGCUUCUUGCUUGUUCACAAAGGUGUUUUUCGAGAAAAAGAAUUAAUAGAAGCUUUAAUGGAACCUGCCAAGAUUCCAGGAAGUUCAGGCACUAGAAAUCUUUCUGAUAAUUUGAGCGAUCUUAAAGCACAAAUAGCUGCUAAUCACAGAGGAUCACAAUUGGUAAACGAACUGAUCGAUAUUUAUGGUCUUGAUGUGGUUCAAGCUUACAUGGGACACAUUCAACAAAAUGCCGAGUUUGCUGUUAGAGAUAUGCUGAAGUUAGUCGGUAAUAAUGUACUUCAGCAGAGUGGGAGUAGCAGUGUUACCGCAGUCGAUUAUCUAGACGAUGGUAGCCCAAUUAAGUUACGAUUAGAUUUUGACGUUGAGAAGGGUGAAGCAGUUUGCGAUUUCACUGGAACUGGAUAUGAAGUUUGGGGUAAUUGUAAUGCACCACGUGCUGUAACACUUUCUGCUCUUAUUUAUUGUCUCAGAUCUAUCGUUGGCCGUGACGUACCGUUAAAUCAAGGAUGCUUGAAACCUGUCAAAGCUAUUAUUCCCAAGGGCUCUCUCCUGGAUCCAUCAGAUGAAGCUGCUGUAGUAGGCGGUAAUGUUCUGACAUCUCAGCGAGUCGUUGAUGUUGUUUUGCAAGCAUUUGGAGCUUGUGCUGCUUCUCAAGGAUGUAUGAACAAUGUUACGCUUGGUACUGUAGAAUGGGGCUAUUACGAAACUGUUGCUGGUGGCAGUGGAGCUGGCCCAACUUGGGAUGGUAGAGGUGGCGUUCACACACACAUGACCAACACACGAAUUACUGAUCCAGAAAUAUUAGAACUACGUUAUCCAGUGAUACUAAAUAAAUUCUCUCUUCGUCCUGGAACUGGUGGUGAGGGUGCUCAUCGUGGUGGUGAUGGUGUCAUACGAGAAAUGACUUUCAGGUCUCCAAUGACGUUGUCGGUAUUAACUGAAAGACGAGUCCAUUGUCCUCCAGGCUUAGCGGGUGGUUCACCGGGUGCUCGUGGCAAAAAUACUCUCAGGAGGAUGGAUGGAAGAAUAAUCAAUUUAGGUCCGAAAACAGCUGUGCCCGUUCAUGCUGGGGAUACUUUCAUCCUAGAAACACCCGGUGGUGGUGGUUACGGUUCCCUCGAUACAAAGCAACCAAUUUUUAUGAGGGCAACAUCUCGAACGUUCGUCGAACGUGGAAGCGUUUUCGAGUAUAGAAAAGCUCAGGAAUCUGUAUAACGUAAAGUUAAGUUUUACAAAAUCUAUUUAAUCUGUUCGUUACUACAUUGGUUACGAGUUACUCGUCAUGUAACGGUUCUUCCUCCUAAAUGUACAUGUAUAUCUAUGAAAGUUUAUAUAGCAAGGCAGGAGAAUUUGGUAAUAGUUACUUACAAACUAUGCACGUGGAAGAGGAAGGAGGUGUAGGGAUUAUCGGGAGCUUGAUACACUUGAAAGGAUAUCUCAACGUACACGACAGGUUUACGAAGUUUAGUUAACUUUGAUAGGAAGAAUGUGUCGUUCUAGAUUUAUAAUAAACUUCUAAGGAACUUAUUACUAUUAUUAUUAUUAUUAUUAUUAUAUAUAUAUAUAUUAUU